AUGCCUUCCAACUCGAUUUUGUCCUUUUUCUCCCCGAAAUUCACAGGGACAGUGUCCGCUGUCCGUCGAAAGCGCAGGCCUCGCGAUAAGAGCAUACACUCACCGUCAACGGAACUGACGUCCCCCAGUUCUGCGCACAUAGCCAAUCCUGGCCGAGGACCAACACUUCCCGAUACUGCUUGUACUCCCGAUGGCAACCCUACCAUCCGGAGCGCUGACUCUCGUGGCCGCCAAGUGCUAGAGGGGGUCAUGAUCGGGCUUGCAGUGGCGGCCCCCAUCGUAGAAGCAAUCCCAGUUGUCGGAACGCCCCUUAAAGCGGCCGUUGGCGAUUUGUUGGAAAUUCUCAAGGCUGCAGAUCAAAUUACUCAGAACAGAGACGAUGUCAGAGAUCUUGAGGAAAGGCUCUGUUGGCUGCAGGAUCACCUGGUGAAGGUUCCAGAUGCCUCCUCCGAUGAUAUUCGAGAACGUCGAGCUGACUUGACUCGCAAAUUGGAUCAAACUUUGAAGGCUCUGAAGGAAUUAGGACGGAAACGUGUGGUCCGGUUCGCAAAGAUUGCAGAAAAGAUCAGCCAAAGCUCCAAAGACAUUGGUCACUACAUAGCGAGAUAUUCUGCUUUGAGCAUCAUGCAUGCCGAAAAUGCUCUGGAGCGCAUCGAAGCAGGCCAGAAACAGAUGCAGGAACAUUGGGGAGUGUUCAUCGCCCUGCUGCCACAUGAUAUUCAUGGCAGGAUGACAGGAAUAAUUCUGGUGGACGCGACACGAAAGGAGCAUCUGGUCUCAAUGGAUCAUGCUGCAUCCUAUGAGAUGUUUGCAAAAGCUAUGGCACGUUUGUUCGACGGGGACAAGUUGGAAGCCACAAUUCAGCGACGAUACAUAGAAGAGGGCAUGUAUGACUUGUGUGUCGACGAGGGCACGCAAGUCGUUCCGAUAAACGGGCAGCGGGACUGGUCCGCGAUUAGUCCUGGCACGAAAAUCGUCAUGAGAGUCAUUCUUCCGCAAAGGAAAGUACUGGGCGUCUAUUUCCCCCUCUCAGAUGGUGCGUUCCUCCGUUUCGUGAUCCUGCCCUCCAGCCCUGACCCCAUCCGCGUCGAUUUCCCCCUCUCAGCGUGUGGGUGGCUCCGUUUCGUGAUCCUGCCCUCCGACACUGACACCAUCCACGUCUAUGUUCGUCUCUCAGGCCGUGCGUUCCUCCGUUUCGUGAUCCCGGCCUCCAAUACUGACCCCAUCUGUGUCUAUUUACCCCUCUCAGCAACAAGUGCGUUCCAGCGUUUUGUGAUCCUGCCCUUCCACACUGACCCCAUCUGUGUCUAUUUCCCCCUCCCAGCGUUCGGUGUGCUCCUCCGUUUCGUGGUCCUGCCCUCCGACACUGACACCAUCCUUAUCUAUUUCCACCUCUCAGCAAGUGCGCUCCCCUGUUUCAUGAUCCUGCCCUCCGACACUGACCCCAUCUGCAUCUAUUUCCACCACUCAGCCCUCGGUGUGUUCCUCUGUUUCGUAAUCCUGCCCUCUGACACUGACCCCAUCCGCGUCUAUUUCCCCCUCUCAGCAUUUUGUGCGCUCCUCCGUUUCGCGAUCCUGUCCUCCGACAUUGACCCCAUCCAUGUCUAUUUUCCCCUCUCAGCAAAUGGUGCGUUCCUCCGUUUCGUGAUCCUGCCCUCCGACACUGAUACCAUCCGUGUCUAUUUCCACCUCUCAGGAUGUGUGUGCCUCCGUUUCGUGAUCCUGCCCUCCGACACUGACCCCGUCCGCGUCUACCCCCCUCUCAGCAUCAAGUACGCAUCUCCAAUCUACACCUCCGCCAUUAAAUUAACUUUUUCCACCGUCAUUCUUACUGUCCAGGAGAAAAUGCGUUUAUUGGAAUCCUUCUGUGUUACUGCCCUUGCCGACUUCGACGACAGGAAUUCUUGCCUGAAUGGCCGUAUUGAGGAGGAACCCUCCUCUUCUUCAUCUCCAGCAAUGUUUCCUGCAUCGUCUUCUUUCAUGUCUUCUAGCAGCAUAUUGCCAUCGGGUUUCAAUUUUAGCGAAUUCGUUCCCAGCAAAUGUGAUUCCAGCAAAUUCGGUUUCAGCAAAUCCAAUCUUGGCGAAUUCAAUCUUAGCGAAGACGGAAGUGACGAGGAAGGUGAAAGGACUGAGGAAAUGGACAAGGAUGAGGACUUGGUUGAGGAAAUCUACGAGGAGGGUUACUUAACUUGUGAGGAAGGUGAUGAGGAUGACUUGAUUGAGGGUGACGAAGAAGAUACCUCGAACUCGAUGGUCUCUAAAGCAGUGGCUUGA